CUUCGACACUCUCGACACUCUCGACACCAUCGACAUUCCACGCAGCACGCCCGCAGCCAUGGCGGCUCCGAUCCCCAUCACCAUUGUCACGGGCUUCCUCGGCUCCGGCAAGACGACCCUCUUCCUCAACCUCCUGCCCCAGCUCCGCAAGGCAAACCCCUCGUACAAGCUCGCCCUCCUCAAAAACGAGUUUGGCGACGUUGCCGUCGACUCCCAGCUCGCCUCCUCCUCGGCCAUCUCGGGCGUCCAGGAGCUCCUCAACGGCUGCAUCUGCUGCAACCAGGUCGGCCAGCUCUCAGAGUCCCUCGCCGAGCUCGACGCCGCCAUCAGCCCGGACCGCAUCGUCAUCGAGACCUCGGGCUCCGCCUUCCCCGCCACCCUCGCCAUCGAGAUCAACCGCCUCGCCCGCGAGACCGGCGGCCGCUACACCCUCGACGGCGUCGUCAGCGUCAUCGACGUCGAGAACUGGCAAGGCUACGAGGACACGAGCUACACGGCCCGCGUCCAGGCCCGCUACACCGACCUCAUCGUCUUCAACAAGUGGGAGCUCUGCGACGAGCGGCGCUUCGACGAGGUCCUCGACCGCGUCGGCGAUCUCGAGCUCGACAUUGCCUGGGUCAAGAGCGACAAGGGCAGGGUGCCGGUAGAUGUCAUCUUUGGCAUCGAUGGCGGGCUCGCGCAGGCUCUGGACGAGAAGCCAGCCCAGCAAAACGGUCACAGCCACGGACAUGACAGCCACGGCCACGAGCAUCACGGGGAGGAGGAGGAGCAUAAGCACGACCACCAGACCGAGGUCGAGGUCCUCUCCGUCACCCUCAAACCGACUUCUUCAUCAUCAUCCUCGUCACCACUGGCCGUCGACCCGACCAAGCUCCUCAAGCUUCUCAAGUCCGCCCCCAAGGACGAGGUAUAUCGCAUAAAGUCCGUCCUCACCGCGCCCACCGGUUCCGUCGCCAGCUCUGAAGGCCAACCCUCGGCCGCCGCCGCCGCCACAGGCGCAACAGCUACUCCUCCUGCGGCAAGCAACCAGCGCUACAUUCUGAACUGGGCUUUUGGCCGGUGGACUUUCACACCCCUCGCAUCUUCUUCGUCUGCUUCUGCCGGGAGCCAGAACCAAGCACCCACAGCCACAGCACCAACAAUCACAACAACAUCAACAAUACCAGAGCACGAGUCGUCAGAUUCGAUCCCCCUGCGCAUGACGCUCAUCCUCGCGCGCUACGAGAGCACAAAGUGGAAGAAGAAGCUCGAGGCCGGCGGGUUCCUAGAGCUCCUGCCGUCCAGCUCGACGACGGAUUCCACAUCGCAGGACGCGCAGAGCAAUGGUACACCGACUGGAGCACGAGAUGGGUGGGAGUUGACUGUGACCAAGAUUGCGUAAUACAGAGCAAACUCUCCAGGUCAUUCCGCCGAGCUUUGUCAGUGGGUGGGGCAGGAGGAGCAGCAGCAUGCAGGAUCGGCUAGUACAGCCCAUGUGACGUGUUGGCGUACGAGGACGUAUAUGUGUAUAUAUCACGAAGAUAAAGCCAGUCUGCUCUGCUCAGCGGUUGGUGGGGUGACUACUCGCCCUUCGGUUUUCAUUUUUUUUCUUUAGCUGGGGAUUAAGUAGAUCUUGGUGUGGCGUUUUGGUGUUUAAAAAAGAGGGCAGAUUACAUGGCAGUUGCUGACAUGUACAUAAGAGUAUCUAGACCUAUGAAUACAGAUGGAAUUAGAGCAUAGGGAGCGAAAGACGUCGACUGGUUGAUCAACCCAGAUUAACUAUGCAUCAUGUACUACACAUGU